UUACCGUGGUCGUGAAUUUGGUAGGCUGUUGUAUUUCCCUGGUUCAUGAGCAUUGCAACACACGUGCCGAUGGAGUGCGGAAGCGACGAUGGACGUGCGAAGUUGACGACGAUCGACAAGACGGUUGUGGUGGCGGCUGUGACAGCCGUGCUCUUUCAUUGUCAGCAAGAGUGGGCAUUGGGCAGAAUGAGAGCGCAGAUCCGCGCACGGAGGAGGAAGACGCUUCAUCAAGUCCCGGUCGGAGGGCUGGAUACCGUGGCCAUCAUCGAGGCUGCAGUUCAGGUUUGUUGUGCCAUGGGUUGCAGUGUUCUCCCACAAGCAACGCUGAGGUGGUGGAUGAAAUGGAGGACGGGGAGGGCAUGGGAGGAUCUCAGUCAAUGCGACAAUGCAGCGGAGGAGUACUUAUGGGAGAAGCUCCGUAUGUCGCCACGUGUCUUUCGGGCGAUGGCGAUCGCAUCCAGUGUGAACGAAUGCCCGCGGGAUACGCUGCCGAUGUCGAUGUCGACUGCAGUCGGUGUCGAUCCCUCGUCUUCUCUGUUGGAGGCCUUCGAUAGAGGUCAGCCAUCAACGAUAGAGGAAGCACACGAGGAACAGGAGGACCACGACAAGCAAAAUUGUGACUAGGAGCAGCAGUGGCAACCUUCAAUAGAGGUCAGCCAUCAACAACACGUACGACAGGGCCAUAACUCUAUGAC